CUGGUGUACAGGAUGGGUCUGCGGGUUGUCAGUGUGUCUCCGGACUGGUAGUCUGUUAAUUUGUCCUCGGCCUGCGGCAGCGUCCCCAACCUGCUGAAGGCCAGGGACACAGCAACAUAUUUCUAGAUGGCACAGAACUCCAAGGGGUCUAUUCGUGAAGCGGUGAAAAGUCCUUUCUCAGUGAUAACUGGGCUUUUCACUGCUUUCUCCUAUUCACAGAAGGGGUUACCGUGGAGAAAUCUCAGAUUUCUGUGCCCUUGAUUAGAAUAUAUAUUGCUAUCCAAUACAUCCCAUAUAUCGGCUCCUCGGUACAUACCAGAAUGAGUAAGGAAGGACGGAGCGACAUAUCCAUACAGAAGGGCCGACGUCAGUAGUGACUAAGGGGACCAGCAAAUUGGGUAUACACACAGCGAUAUGCCCAAUAUGAAAAAUCUAAAGAAACCGCUAUGUAUACAUCUCCAAGCUCUAAAUUUGAUGACUAUUGUGACAAACAUCCAGUAAUUUACUACACGGUUUCCGGUAGAGCUACUUCAUUAAAUGGAAGUUUUAGAGUAAAACAUGUCUGUGAAGAUAUCUUUUAUGAUCUUUAUUGCACAGUUUUGCAUUUCAACCAUUUUGUUUACAAUCUAUAACAAUGUGGACACUAAUCGAGGACCACCUGAGCAUACAAGAAUCAUCUUACUAUGGACUUGGCCAUUUGGUUCUAAAUUUCCCCUUAAUGACUGUCCACCAUUCCUUAAUAUAAAGGGAUGUUUGUUUACAGAUAACAGAACAUUGUUUUCUUCCGCUGAUGCCGUUGUUAUCCAUCACAGAGACGUAUGCUACUCUAAAAACCAACUUCCCCAGAUGCCAAGACCACCCAAUCAGUACUGGAUAUGGUUUAACUUGGAGUCCCCAUCUCACAGCCCAAACUUACAGUUUAUGGACAAUCUCAUCAAUCUGACCAUGUCCUACAGGGCUGACUCUGAUAUAUUCUCUCCUUAUGGCUGGUUGGAGGAGAAUAAGGAAGAAGAGAACUUCACUAUCCCACCAAAGACUAAGCUGGUGGCCUGGGCAGUCAGUAACUGGAACCCAAACUCUCGGAGGGUGCGCUAUUAUAACCAGCUUAAGAAUAAUUUAUCUGUGGACAUAUAUGGAAGACAGCAUAAACCUCUGCCUAGAAACGAACAUCAGCAAACACUUUCCAAGUACAAAUUUUACCUGUCUUUUGAGAACUCAGCUCAUGAAGACUACAUUACAGAGAAACUGUGGAAAAAUGCUUUUGCAAAUGGUAUAGUACCAGUUGUUAUGGGCCCCUCUCGUGGAAACUAUGAACGUUUCAUUCCCAAAGACUCUUUUAUUCAUGUAGAUGACUUCUCCACAGCCCAGGAACUGGCCACAUAUAUUUUAAAGCUGGACAAAGAUGACAAAGCCUACCAGCAAUAUUUCCACUGGAGGUCCAGACUUCAUCCUUUUGCAGACACUAAUUGGCAGACUGCUUACUGUAAAGUAUGCAAAGCAAUAAAAGAAGCUCCUAAACAUAAGACUAUUCCAAGACUUGGAGACUGGUACAAAUGAGUUUUACAUAAUGAUCAUGGGAAUGCCUGUUAUCCCUGUUUUUCUAUUUAUUAUAUAACCAAAAACAAGCUGAAAAAAUGCCAAUUGAGGUUGUUAAAGCCUCUCAUUUAUUACUAAUUACUUUAUUGAGUGCCUGCCCAUCUUCAAUGAACAAAUGUCUAAAUAAAUAACUUAUUCAUUUAAAACAAA